GUCCUUUGACGUGAAAUCACAGACUUGUGGGCUGGAUUUGAAACUCAAAGCCACUCCCGACCGACUCUUCACCUUAUAAAUAUCGCGGGAGGUCAAAUUACCGCCUUGUUUGCAAGGUAAUACAUUGACAUCUAGUCUUUGAAUCAGCGACUUUUAGUUUGAUCUCUUUUAAUUUGACUCAAUUUGCAGCACAAAUGGAGACGAAAAUAGACAAUUCACUUCAACAGGUGGACCUGGACCAAGCCGGUGAGGAUUCAGUAUCACCUGGAAUUGAUUUAGAGGCUGCACUGAAGGAAUGCAGCGGCGCCCUCGACCUUUUUCUCAACAAUAGAUUUUCUGAUGCUUUGGCUCUCUUAAAACCCCGGAGGAGUCGGAGCAUGUACCAUGCAAUGGGCUACAGUAGCAUUUUGGUGAUGCAGGCAGGCAUGACCUUUGAACCGAAGGACAUGGAUGCUGCCAUGGAGGCGCUGAGGGAAUCUGUGCAGACAUGCCAAAGGUUUCGGAAGAAAACUGGAAUAGUGGAGACUUUAACCAGCCUGUGGUAUAGACAACCAGCCGAAAACAUGACAGAAGAGGAGAUGCAUGCAGAGCUGUGCUACGCUGAAGUUCUGCUGAUGAAAGCAGCUCUCACAUUCCUGGAUGAGAGCAUAAUUGGUUUCAUUAAAGGAGGAAUGAGAAUCCGAAACAGUUACCAGAUUUACAAGGAUUGCCAGGUCUUGGCGAGUCUCACAAAAGACAUGGAAAAACAGAAGAGCACUCACAUUCACUUUAGGGGCGGUGUCAACAUGGGCAUUGGAUCAUUUAAUCUGAUGCUGUCUCUGCUGCCCUCCAGAGUCCUCAGACUGAUGGAGUUUUUAGGCUUUUCAGGAGACCGGGAAUUGGGUUUGUCAGAGCUGAGAGAAGGAGCAGCCGGCAACAGCCUGCGCUCCAUCCUCAGCACCCUGACUCUGCUGAUGUUUCAUCUGUACAUUACAGUGAUUCUGGGUACUGGUGAGGGAAACCUUACAGAAGCUGAAGCUCUGCUGGAGCCUUACAUUGAAAAGUUCCCGAAUGGAGCCCUCAUUCUUUUCUACAUUGCAAGAAUUGCUCUGCUCAAAGGAAACUUCACAUUUGCUCAGGAGAAGUACCUGGCAUGUAUCGCAGCACAGCAAGAGUGGCGUCAGAUACACCACCUCUGUUACUGGGAGCUGAUGUGGGCCUACUCAUUCGAACAAAAUUGGAUGGAGGCGUAUAAAUACGCUGACCUGCUCUGCAAAGAGAGCAAAUGGUCCCAGGCCACCUAUACAUUCCAGAAAGCUGCCAUCUUGAGCAUGCUCCCAGAGGAAGAAGUGACGAAACUUGGAGAAAAUGUGGUGUUGUUAUUCAGGCAGGUGGACGGUCUCAGACUGAGGAUUGCUGGGAAAUCAAUUCCAACAGAGAAGUUUUUAGCGAACAAGGCUCAGCGAUAUUCUUCUUCUGACCCUGUGAAACUUGUCGUGCCUGCUUUGGAAAUGAUCUAUGUAUGGAAUGGCUUUACAGUAGUUGGAAAAAGACCUGAGUUAACAAAAAGCAUCUUGACUACAUUGGAGGAAGCAGAGGAGAAGCUCAAGGAUGAGCCAAACCCAUCAGAGUAUCACCUGGAUGACCAGUGUGUUAUCCAGCUGCUGAAGGGCCUGUGCCUAAGACAAUUGGGUCAUCUGGUCCAGGCUGAGCUCUGCUUCAAUCACGUCAUUUCAUGUGAAAAGGAUAUCAAGCACGACAACUACCUGGUGCCAUUUACCAUGUAUGAGCUGGGCCUGCUGCACAAGCAGAAAGGUGACUUCGAAACGGCCAUCAGCGUCAUUGAAAAUGUCAAGAUGAACUACAAAGACUACCACAUGGAGUCGAGGCUACACUUCCGCAUCCAUGCAGCACUCAACACAAUGGGCACUUUUGCAGCCAAACUUCCCCCGUCACGUACGGCAGCUUAAGAGAGCCCUCGGCAGGAUGCUGCAAAGUCUUUUUGAGCAUCAUUUCUGUGAGCGUAAUGGAAAUGAUCUAGAUGGGAAUCUUGCUGCCAGCCCCUUGAUGAUGGUAACUUGCAGCUGUGUAUGUCUUCAAUGUCUGGUGUUUUUUUUUUUUUUUUUUUAUUGUUCAAUUACACCUCAGCUUGUCAGAAACAGGGAAGUGUAAACCCAGAAAAGAGAAAAGGUAAAUACAGGGGUCAAGAACGGGAAAUCUUCUGGCUUUCGUUGGAUUUUAACACUAUUUGCUACUUUGAAGUCCCAAAAAUGUAAUAUUCAGUCUGAGACUAUUUAAUUUGUGUCACUAUUUUGUGUGUUGAUGUUUUAUAAAAUGUCAGUUUAAAACAUUAAACUGUAUCUCUGCAAACAUUCUUCUUGUAAAUAACUGUCUGUUAUUCUGUGCAACAUAAAAGAAUAUCCUUUUAAAAAUAAUAUUAACCAAAUUAAAGCCUAUGAAUCAAA